CGAAUUGGAUUUCGGGCCGGGUCGGGUCGGAGCGAAAUAAAUCGUUAAAACUUUCAAUUACGGAAUCGGGAUUUAGUGUUCUUCGAUGCGUCCUGGAGAUUACUCUCAACAAGCUAAAACGACGGAGAUGCCAUCAUCAUCAUCGGAUCGUGAAGCUCCCAACAACACUUCAUCCGUCGAUCCUCCUCCUCUCGUCGACGACGGCAUUCCAGGCCAGGAUCACGUCGUCCUCGCCGAACUUCCAGAGCAUCCACCAGGAGCUUUGCAGAAAGCAGAAAUGUUGUCUGAGGACGAAGUAAAGGGCACAUUAGAAGCAGUUGCAUCUACCGGGAAGUUCUGGCAGGAUUGGGAAAAGUUAAAGGGAAUGUUAUCUUGGUGGUUGAAGAAGGUUCUGUCAGAAUAUCCUGAGGCAAAUAUGAAGGACGAACAACAAAAGGAAGCCCUAGGAGAAACGUAUCCUGAGCUGGUUCGUCGAUUGGAUGAAGCUCUUCUUAGUUUUGACGAAGGUCCCCCAUUUACACUGCAGAGACUCUGUGAGAUCCUUUUGGCUGCAAGGAGCAUCUACCCAAAGCUCUCAAAGCUUGCUCUUGCAUUAGAAAAGAAUCUGUUGGUUACUUCUAUGCUAUCCAUCAGCACGGAACCGCAAUCACAAACCACUGAAGAAACAAACGCAGCAACGGAAGACACAGAAACGGCUGCAGCAAAGGGGACACGAGCAAAUGGAAUUGAAGCAGUGGUGGGAAGUGACAAGGAUGAGAUAAUGACAGAGGUAGAAGAAGAAGAAGAAGCAGAUGUUGAUGACGCAAUGACUAUUGACAUGGAAACAAUCGAUGAACCAUCAGAGACAAUGAAGACGACGAAGGCGGCCAGUGAGAGUGAGACAUCAAGCGAAAUCACUGCUGCAAAACCAUCACCGGAUCCAAUGGCUGCAGAGGAGGGAGACCCACGGUUGCCUUGAAGAGUAUCCGGAUGGUUCUCUUGUAGAGUAUCAAGCCAAGGCCAUGGAUUUUGCAGGAGGCGAGGAACCUCCCUUUCCUAUUCUGUGCAGACCAGCAGCCCCUACCAUGUCCUAAUACAAAGACUUGCAUGUUUGUCUUGAUGUCAGCUAUGUCUUUGGCGCUUGUACGGUAUAAAUACGUAGCUUAAUAAUGGUCUAAAUUAUGUUUAGUAGUUAUUUACAUUGUUGGCAUUUAAACAAGGAGGAUAUUUAUACUGACAUUUGCAUUGAGGGGAGAUGUUUAUUGUAUAACUUGAUCAUGAAAAAUCUGAUGUUUAUAAAACUCA